CGUUACUCGUACCCGUCGUCAACAGCUGAUGCCCAACAGACCCAGUACGUUACCACAGGCUGUCAUACCAACACUUUGAGUGUAUUAACUUCUAUUUGACCCAGGAGUAGACCUGUGAGUUGUCUACACAACGGUGCGGUAUUUCAUUUCGUUGUUUAAAAAGAUAUCCCCUCCUUUACCGAAGUCAACAUGCCUCCGUUUCCACGACCACAAAACUUGAACAGUGCCUUUCAGAUGGCAUCCGAUCAAGCCAAGCAAAGGCUACCGGAAUUAACUCAUAAUCAACAGGUAUGUUGCCUGUUCGAGCGUCUUUGUUGUUCGUCAAUGAAUUUUCCAGGAUACAUUUACAAAUUUGUGGCGGCCUUCGCGAUUGAUACAAGUAACGGCAACAUGCAAGGGCACAAACGUUGAAGAGAUAAAUGUUCCCUUGUUUCUUUUUUGAAUCUAAUGUCAACAAACCUGUUUUCUUCCAUCCUUGUGUUCUAUGAUUGCACGAAACAAUAACAAUGAUAAUGAACCGAUAACAGGUAGCACGAUUGUACCGAGCCUCACUGAAGCUCCUGAGCAGUUGGUGUAUCGAUCGGGAUAUUUUCAACGAAGAGGCUACCAAAAUAAGAUUUCAGUUCGACGAAGAACGAGGCUGCCGACCAGAAAAGGCGACCCGGUUGUUGCGAGAGGGAGAAGAAAAACUCUGGAACUACACGCAUCCGGAUCAUUACCGCAACCCCAUCAUGCCCGGUGGGUCUAAAUUCAUGCGCAACCCUCCCUUGCCUAUGGACGUUUGCUUUCCCGACGGAAACUACCCCGCAGAUGCUCCAACUUAUGAAAUCGACCCCGAUUGGAGCAAAUCUGACCCUUCCACAAAGGGGUACAGUUUGAUCGAUUAUGUUAAAAAGAACAUGGAGUAAAUUCACCGCUGUCGCUGUUGAAUAAUACUAUAUUGCAGGUAACAAUAUAAUUAUUUAAAGGAA